UCUUUUAUUUUGAAGUCCCGCAGACCGGAAGCUGUCAGUCCUCGGAUGAUUUUCCGGUUCUCUCUCAGUUCCGAGGAUAAACAUCAUGAACGAGACGGAGGGGCUGCGGUUCCGAAGGGUCCACCGCCCGCAGGUCAUCACCGACGAGCUGCCGGAGCACCGCCGCAAGGGCACCGGAACGUACAGUGGGAAGGUGUUCCAGGUGACGCUGCUGUCUCUGGGCGGAUUACUGCUGCUGCCUCUGCUCUUCAUCCUCCUCAUCCUCGAGUCCCCCAUCCACCCCGAGGUGUUCAGUCUGAAGGAUCCCCCCCAGAUGAAGGGCUGCUGGGAGCCCAACCUGAAGCUGAGAGAGGCCGAGAGAAUCUACGAAGACCAGGUCCUCGGACCGGAGUCCAUCGUCAACAUCGGAGAUGUGCUGUUUGCAGGAACAGCUGACGGGAAGAUCGUGAAGCUGAUUGGUCGAAGGGUUCACACGCUGACGCGGCUGGGGAAGCUUCCCUGCGGCUCCAGGGAGCAGGAGCCCAGCUGUGGGCGGCCCCUGGGGAUCCGCGCGGGUCCAAACGGGACGCUGUUCGUCGCCGAUGCCUACCUGGGGGUGUUCGAGGUCAACCCCUCCACAGGAGAGUCCACUCGUCUGGUGUCGGGCGGUCAGCUGGUGGCCGGCAGGAAGCUGUCCUUCAUUAAUGACAUCACAGUGACGCGAGACGGCAGGAAGCUGUUCUUCACCGACUCGAGCAGCAGGUGGCAGCGCAGAGACUACCUGCAGCUGCUGAUGGAGGCCACGGCUGACGGGAGGGUUCUGGAGCUGGACCUGGAGACCCGGGAGCUGACGGUGGUGAUGGAGAACCUCCGGUUCCCCAACGGGAUCCAGCUGCUCCCUGACGAGGAGUCUGUGCUGGUGGCCGAGACCACCAUGGCCCGGAUCCGCAGAGUGCACGUGGCGGGUCUGAACAAAGGGGGGAUGGACACGUUCGUGGAGAACCUCCCUGGGUUCCCUGAUAACAUCCGGCCCAGCUCCGGGGGGGGGUACUGGGUGGCCAUGUCAUCGGUGCGGCCGAACCCCGGGUUCUCCGUCAUGGACUUCCUGUCCCAGAGGCCCUGGAUCAAGAAGUUCAUCUUCAAGCUCUUCAGCCCUGAGGUCCUGAUGAAGUUCUCCCCCCCCUACAGCCUGGUGGCAGAGCUCAAUGAUGGAGGUGUGUGUUCUCGCAGUUUCCACGACCCUGGAGGCCUGGUGGCGGGAUACAUCAGUGAGGUGCACGAGCACCAGGGCUCUCUGUACCUCGGAUCCUUCCGCUCAAACUACAUCGCCAAGCUGGACCUCAGCAAGGUCUAGAGAGAGGGGCCGCAGCAGGAGGAGCGUCCAGAGGGUCCUGGACGCGGGGCGGCUCGAUUCCCAUUUCACUUUGAGUGGCCGAGUGACCCGUUUUCAGUGAGAAGUCCGUCCUGAAGCUCCAAUGGUUGAAGAUAUUUAAUAAACAAAAUCAAACACAAUAACUUAGGACCAAAAGAUCCACAGAAAAAAUGUCAGCGCAAGAUCACCCUCCGUCACCCGCCCCCCGACAUGUAACAGGUGACAUGAAUACUCAAACCUCACCAUGUGACGCCGGAAGAGCUCAACUAAUACAAAUAAAAGUGACGUAAACAAAUAAUAAUAACAAACUCAGGCUCAGUAGCAUUUUGGCUCCUCCCACAUCAGGCUCUCAGAGGGAGCCAGAGCCAAGGACCUGAGAAUCACAACUACGUAUUCCUACACCCUGAAGGCAGCAUCUCUGGUCCAAUGGGAUCUCUCCAUCCUCCAGACCAGGGGACAGGAAGUGAUGAAAUGCUGACUCAUUCCUGCAGCUGUGUGUUCGGGUUAUAUCUGCUUUACUUAUUUACUGAGUAGUUUGUCUUUAAAGUCAGGGAACAGAGUUAUAGUGUUAAAGGAACCUCUAAAGCCACUGGUACGGGUUCUACUGGUGCUCUUUAAUGCUAACGAGGCGUGUUCGGCUUCUGUCCAAUCAGGUGUUUCUGAGGCUGUGAUGUCACUGACCUGCUGAGAACAACAUGCACUAAGAUGCUAACUGGUGGCUAACAGGGGGUUAGCAUUGUAGCUAUCAGUAGCGAGCUAUGCUAAUCAGUAUAGCCAUAUUUAAUCAUGCUUUAUUUAGUAGUUUGUUUGAAACGUUAGUGCUGCCUUUACCGUCUGAUCAUUUGUUGUUGUUUAUUAAAGUGCAUCCUCAGUUACUUAUUUAAUGACAUCCUGCAUGACCCCUGACCCCUGACCCCUGAUGUUAGCAUGUUAGCAGUCAUGAUAUUUAGCAUGUCGUCCUCUCUGGAUGAGCUGCACAUUUUCACUUUAUGAGUUACUUCAUGAAGGUGUGUGUGUGUGUGUGUGUGUGUGUGUGUGUGUGUGUGUGUGUGUGUGUGUGUGUGUGUGAUCUGUUUGAACCUGUUC